AUGUGUAUUACAUUAACGAUCUGCCAAGCUAAGCCAGCAGAUACUAGCAAGGAUACUACGAAUAUAAUUCAAACUCCUCACAUUGAGUUUCGGAAAGCCUAUGCCGAGCUUAUGUUGACCUACAUGAAUCGGAGUGUGUCGCCCUGCGACGACUUCUAUGAAUACGCAUGUGGAAAUUGGAAGAAUGUCAAGCUCGACAAAUACACACCAUUUAGUCGCAGCAGCUUUGGAGACAUUAUCUUUAAGCUAAAUGAUGCGGUGCACGAAAUGCUGUCCAAGUCGACUGAAAAACUUGAUAUGGAUUAUGGCAGAGAGCUUUACCUUGCACAACAGUUCUAUAAUGCCUGCCUUAGGGCCGAUCUCUACCCGAUGCAAGCAAGCGACCACGCUUAUCUGGAUCUAAUUAGUUCUAUUGGUGGUUUUCCAGCUAUAGACCCUACGUGGGAGCCAGAAAACUUCAGCUGGUUCAACAUGAGCGCCCACUUGACCAACUACGGAGCAGAAGGGCUCAUAAAUGAGGAAUUACUCACGGAUAUUCCAACAUUUCAUCUUUCGAAGCUGGGAUUUAAAUACAUGGUCUAUAGCGAUAAUAUAGCGACAAACACUACGCAGGCGUACAAGGACAACGAGAAGCGCAUGCGCAACUAUUUGCGCCUCUACGGCAUGGCGGAUGAACAGAUUUCGAAGGUAAUCCAUGAUAUCUUCGCCUUCUGGAGGGAUGUUCUAAUAAUUAGAGAUCGUUUUGCGGAUGAUACAAAUAAGUGUGAAGAGCUGACAAUUGAAUUGGAUGUAGAAACAUUUUCACAAUGGCCGAGCUAUUAUGAGAUUGUCUGGCAGGGGAACAGCUUUGACUUUGAGGAUUUCGAGCAUUACUGUGAUUUUUUCUAUAUGGAGCUGGAAAAAGUGUGUGAGAAACAUAAGCCCGCAGUGGCAAAUUACCUGGCCAUGAAGCUGCUCUACGAAUUAGAUGCCAAGCUAGCAGCUACUGAAGAGCAACCCGAAUAUUGUGCCCUCACGAUGUAUGAAACACUGCCCUUCCUGUUGGGGGAAUUGUAUGUAGAGAAAUACUUAACUGCCGAUAUUUAUGGCGACAUUGCAGUUAUUGUCAGUGAGAUUCGUAAGGGCUUUCGUCACCUUUUGAUAAAUGCUGACUGGCUUAAAAAAGGAUUGCGGCGGAAAUUGCUGCAGAAAGAGUCUGAGGUGCAGACCCAUAUUGGCCGCUUCAAGGAUCCUAAACUUAUAAAACGUCUGAUUGAGGAAAUGAACAAGCUUGCCAUUUCACAAGAAAGUUACGCCAAAAGUAACAUCGACUUAAAACAUUUUAAGAUGUUUAUGAAACGGUAUUUGGGCCAUAUCGAUGCACAAUCCUUAAGCUCUACAGACUUAAAGCCUAUAGAGGUGUUAGGGUCUAUGCUGUUGAAUGCCAUUUACUACUCUGAGGACAAUUCAGUCUAUAUAAUGGCAGGGAUACUCCACCUGCCUGUCUAUCACAAAUAUUGGCCAAGUGCGAUGAAAUUCGGUGCCACCGGCGCCGUGGUGGGUCACGAACUCACGCACGCCUUCGAUUCCGAGGAGGCUCUUGAUGAUAUUCCCUGGCCAAGAAAUAUGUACAGUGCUCUGAAUGAGCGUACUCAGUGCUUUGUGGAUCACUAUAAUGGUUAUAAGAUACCGGAAAUUAAACGCACAGUAAAUGGCCACAAAACCAAAGAGGAAAACAUAGCGGACAGUGGAGGAUUACGGGCAGCAUUCAUAGCCUAUCACAACCAUAUAAAGCAAUUGCAAAGGAACGACCCAAAAUUUACAAUUGACAGUGAAUUAAUGCCGGGUUUGGAUCUAUUGCCGAAUCAACUGUUCUUUCUAAGCUUUGCACAGACAUAUUGUGCGGACUUUACAGAUGCGGAUUACUGGCUGGGGCUAAUCGAUGAGCAUACGCCAGAGAAGUACCGUGUUUUGGGCGCUGUAACCAAUAAUGAGGACUUUGCGCAUGUCUUUCAAUGUCCGCUGGGCAGUCCAAUGAAUCCCACGAUGAACAAAUGCCAACUUUGGUAA